AUUUAGAUCUCUACACCUAUCAUUUAGAUGGAUCUCUGCAAUUAAUACAUACACAUCCCUCUCAACGGAUGCUAGUUCUUGGGCGCUUAAUGUCGUCCUUACAUUGGCUUCACGCCAUAGAGUAGCUGGUUGGUGAACAGAAAUGGGGUUUUGGAUUUCGGUGAGAUGGACAGGAGGUGAUGUGAUGAAGGGUUUAAAAAAAUAUAAAUGCAAAGGGUAAAUGAUCCAAAGCGAUACCAGACACAACUUCUCAUCUACAAACAUGGAAACCUCAGGAGAAUUCAAUCAACUCUGCAAUCAGCUCUUUGAGUGUCAAUGCGCGUGUUGGGCAUGGCAGGGUGCAUAUGCUACCCAGGCUGACCGAAACAUGCAGCUCUGUACUGAAAUAGAGCAGCUUCGAUCUUUAGUCGAUGCUCAGCAGAUGCGCAUUGCCCAUGUCACAAAGGAGAACCAGCGGCUUAACCUUCUUAUGGGUCAUUUGAUGCCCCGAGAUGUAGGCCCUUACUGCAAUAUGAACGCGGGCUCAAAUGAGGGGGAUGGGGAGAUAGGUGAGACAGAGAAGAGCGAGGUUGUUGAAAGGCUUGAAACCAUUGUAGAGCUGUCUGAUGGCUCCUCAAACACUUCUCAGAGUGAAUAAGAAUAGUUGUAAACCUUUGCAGGCAGAAUGGACUCGAUAUUUGCUACGAAA